GGUUUUUUUUGGGGGGGGGGUGGGCUGGGCAUACUUUCAAAAAGUAAUUAAUAUUAACACAGCUAUUUUCUUUUUUUCCCACUGAUCCUUCCCAUUUACCCUCUCCCGCCUACUCUACCCGGGCGGGAAUUGUUUCCACGAUGAAAUGAGUGAAAACCUGAGUGAUCCUGUGUCUCCCGUGGUGCGAGUGAGUCGCUGCCGCUGAAGGCAAAGGGUGGGGGUGGGACCUGGGGGUGGAAGGCAGGUGGUCCCUGGGCACUGCCUGGGGUCUGGGAGAAGAACCCGCCACCUUUGCCUCAGCAAUGCUCGCAGGAAGAUAAGUCGCACUCCCCACGGUCUUGAACGGGGGCAGAUUCCUAGGGAAGGCUCCCUUGGGGAAUGUAGGACUCAUUGCAGGGCUGGGGGUGUUGGGAUCCCGGGCAUUAAUCAGGUCUAACCACAGAGCCGGAAGAAUAAUUAUAUCGUAUUAUAUACCCCCUUUCUCUCUGCCAUCAUGAUUUUCCAUGGCAGCAGCAUUAGCAGCCGCCUGAGGGUGAAAAUGUGGGUAAUGGGGAAGUUGGUAAUGACUCCGCUGUUUUUUCUCAUGGCUCCUUUGGGCAACAGCUGUCCGCCCCGGGUAUACACUGUAGUUGAUUGCAGGGAAACCCUGUACCUCUCCCCUUCCUUCUCUGCCGAUUUUGCACUUUUCUCUUUGCUCACCACCAAGUGUAAUCAAUAACAAGCACUGACAAUACAUAGCAAUAGUGAAAUCUGAGAUAACUUAAGAAUUAAUUAGGUACUACAGCCAUGGAUCUGGCUGGGUAAAAUCCGAUUGGAUAUUUCAGUUUCAUUCACCUACCCUGUUUUGGUGUUUUGGGGGGGGCUUGGGGGGUUUUCUUUUUCCCUUUUUCUUCGUAAUUUUUUUUUUUUUUAUUUUGGUAUUUGGAAAGCAGGGAUCAUCACACUUCCCCUUCCCCGUUCGUUCUCAUAAUCCCUUCUCUAAAGAGGGGGGAACAUCCGGAUGGAUUUUAAGGAUUGGACUUGUGUCAGCUGUGUUUUAUUGCACACCUAAAUCCCGAUAAUAGGCUUUUCAUUCCCCCCAAAAGCCUUUUUUUUGGCAUUUAAGCCAGAUGUGUUUUGCAAAAAGUUAGUUCCAAGUAUUUUCUCCUCUCUUUCUUUCCUUCCUCCCCUUCCUUUUUCCCAUAACCCCUAACGUUAUUGUCCAAACAUGACUGGACAGCAGCUUUUGUUUCUUGACCCUGUAAUAUGACAGUCUGCUAAUAUUGCCAGAAGGUGCAGUUUUUGGGUUACAGUCGUGAUUUUAGCUAUUCAGUCAUAUUAGCAGGAAAAAAAUGACUUGUUUCUGUUGUACUUGAGUCUUAAGAAAAAGUGCCCAUAGUUUAGUGACAAUUUCCAAAGGCUUUAGUACCACCUGUAUUUCAAAAUGGGGGACCCAAACUCCCGGAAGAAACAAGCUCUGAACAGACUACGUGCUCAGCUUAGAAAGAAAAAAGAAUCUCUAGCUGACCAGUUUGACUUCAAGAUGUAUAUUGCCUUUGUAUUCAAGGAGAAGAAGAAAAAAUCAGCACUUUUUGAAGUGUCUGAGGUUAUACCAGUUAUGACAAAUAAUUACGAAGAAAAUAUCCUGAAAGGUGUGCGAGAAUCCAGCUAUUCCUUGGAAAGUUCCAUAGAGCUUUUACAGAAGGAUGUGGUACAGCUCCAUGCUCCUCGAUACCAGUCUAUGAGAAGGGAUGUAAUUGGCUGUACUCAGGAGAUGGAUUUCAUUCUUUGGCCUCGGAAUGAUAUUGAGAAAAUUGUCUGUCUCCUGUUUUCUAGGUGGAAGGAAUCUGAUGAGCCUUUUAGGCCUGUUCAGGCCAAAUUUGAGUUUCAUCACGGUGACUAUGAAAAACAGUUUCUGCAUGUACUGAGCCGCAAGGACAAGACUGGAAUUGUUGUCAACAAUCCUAACCAGUCCGUGUUUCUCUUCAUUGACAGACAGCACUUGCAGACUCCAAAAAACAAAGCUACGAUCUUCAAGUUAUGCAGCAUCUGCCUCUACCUGCCACAGGAGCAGCUUACCCACUGGGCAGUUGGCACCAUAGAGGACCACCUCCAUCCUUACAUGCCAGAGUAGAGUGCUGACCAGCAAAAUGGGCAAGAUCAGAGAGUGCAGCAGCAUUGGUUUUCUUGUUUUCUUACACUUUAUUCUUUCAGAGUUUAAAGAAAAUGGACUCAUGCACAGAACACUAUGCAUUUUGAAACUUGUUCAUCCUGGAUUUUUUUUUUUUUUUAUUUGUGUCUCAGAACUUAAAAAAUUAGGUGUCUUCUGCACGGACUGUGUGAAAGAAGAUGCUUUGCAUAUUUGCUGCACUGCAUUAGCAUCUUACUAAAAAUGUGAAAUGAAAGGACUAUUGUUCACUGAAAUGCUUAAAUGUAUCUGAAAGCACAAGGUGAUACUCAUUUUUGAUGGUCUUUCCAUUUGUGCUGGUUUUUGCCUCUUUAACAUCUGUCAGCAGUAUUUAGAGGGUGAGAAGUGAAUGUAAAAGGUAUAAAUAACAUUUAAAAAAACUUAAUAGCUUUGCUGUAAUCACCGUUGUUCCAGAGCACUCUCAGAUUCACUCUAAUGAUCAGAAGUGGUUGUUUAAAAAAAAAAUACAUAGAUACACAACCACGGGAAAGAAAUCUUAAAUGGGGGGAAAAAAAGCAUCUCAUUGUAGGCAUUUUUGCCUCAUGUUUUACUGGGCCAUAUUUGUUUCCUGGUACUCAUAAAUGUAUGUGUUUUAUUUCCAGAUCUCUUUCCCCAAGUUGCUGUUCCAAGAGUAUUCUGCUGAAUGUGGAUACAGUUUAUACACAUUAAAGCAGAUCUGGAGUCUGAAGUAGCUAAAGCAGCUAUAAAACUGAGAAAUACAUUCAUAGCUGCAGAAACCAUGAUAGGUAGAGGACUUUCCUUUUUGGUUUUUGUUUUUUGGUUUUAAAGAGAUUUUUAUUACAAAGAAAGAAAAUCCAGUGAAUUGUGCAGAAAUACUGGUUUCUACACCAUCCUAAAGGAAAACUUAUGAGGGUUUUUUCGAGUAGAAAAAAAGUUACUGAAGUUGGGAUCUAAAAUUGUUAAAAAACCAUUGAGUGUCAAAGCUCUAAAAGCAGAACUCAUUUUGUGCAAUGAACAUAAGGAAAGACUACUGUAUAGGUUUUUGGGUUUUGUUUUGUUUUUUUUCUUUUUAAUGAAGAAAAGCUUUGCUUAAGGGUUGCAUACUUUUAUGGAGUAAAUCUGAAUGAUCCUACUCCUUUGGAGUAAAACUUAGUGCUUACUGGUUUCCAAUUGUAUUUAGCUUCUGGUUGGAAUUGGAAAAAAUGAAAACCUAAAUAAAAUAGGUGAAAGUUCCCUGACUAUUCAGGUGAAU